UUUAUUUAACUUCUUUGCCACAGGCCCACAACAAGAUGGGGCUCCUAAAAUGGAUUGGACGUAUGCUCCUUGACUUCACUGUCAUCACCAUAGCUAUAAUGCUGUUCCCAGGAAUAUCCCCAAAUGCUGAAUUUGAGGUUACGAGGUUCUCAGACAGUCCGCCGCUGGAGGGCGUGCUGGAGCGCAACGAGCGUCUGUCCUCGAUGGAGCCGCUGCUGGGCGACCUGGCCACCGGUCCAGAGUCCACCGCCAGUCGCGGCGGCGCCGUCUACACAGGCGUCGAGGGCGGCGCCAUCCUGCGGCUGACAGACGACGGCGGCGCGGAGACCGUCGCCCAGCUGGGCCGCUGCGACGAUCCGCUGGACAGUCCGCGGUGCGGCCGGCCGCUGGGGAUCCGGUUUGACCAGCAGGGCCGUCUGCUGGUGGCCGACGCGUACCUGGGCAUCCACCGGGUCAACGUCAGCUCAGGCGCCGUGGAGCGGCUGGUCCCGACUGGUGUGGUGGUGGACGGCGAGCCACUGCGGUUCUGUAACGACGUCCUGUCGGCCAGCGACGGUACCAUCUACUUCACCUCGUCCUCAGCCAUCGCCGACCUGCAUAACGGCUUCAUGGAGCUGGCCGUGCGAGGCACUGGCAGGCUGUUCCGACACGACCCAGUCACCAACACGACCACGGUGCUGCUCUCUGGGAUCAACUUCGCCAACGGCAUCGCGCUGAACGGUCGCGAGACGGCGCUGCUGGUGUCCGAAACGGCGCGCUACCGGGUGCUGAGGGUGUGGCUGAAGGGCGGCCGGGCCGGCACCAGUGAGGUGGCCGCUGACAAUCUGCCGGGAUUCCCGGAUAACAUCCGGCCGCGGCCCGACGGCGGCUUCUUUGUCGGCCUCUGCGGGCUGCGGUACCAGAACCCCCUGGCCGAGGGGCUGAUCAAGCCGCACCCGCUGCUGGCCAAGCUGCUGCUGCGCAUUCUCUCUGUGGCAAUGACGCCCAUCAGGCUACUGGAGCGCGCCUUCCCAAAUCCGUACACGCAGACCAUUAUCUACAAGGGCGUCACGAUGCGCACCAUGCAGCGUCUGUCAUCAUACGGGCGCGCGCUGCACGCCAUGGGUUUGGAGCUGAGCGACACGGGCGCCGUCACCGGCAGCCUGCACACCUCCCGUAUGGCGUGUAUCUCUGAGGUAAACGAGCACGACGGCGCACUGUUCCUCGGCUCGCCGUUCGAGGAUUUCUUGGGCCGGGUGCCCGCGGCGCCGCGCACCAUACGAGUGCGCACAAAGCACACGGAUGGCUCGAUGUCGGUUAGCGUCGGGGAUCAGUAGUGAUGUGUUUGUCUCGGGGAAGAUGGAGAUCAAAAGAUCGCAGCUGAUGUGAUGGUGGAUUCUGGGGUAGAGUUCGUAUGGUGGAUGGGAAGGAAGUAGAGAGCUGCGUGUAAGGGUGGUUUUUGUAAGGCGUAUGCGAGCGGCUGGCAUUGGGUUAGGUGUAGAUGGGCUAGGCGUGUGAAUUGCGGAGCCUCAAUGAGAUUCAUCGGCUGCAUUGGUGAUUUCAUCCAUUUUUCACUUUCUCAUCGAUCAGUUUGUGUUUGAGGGAGGACCGGAAAUCCGUUUGCUAGUGAGUGAGGUGCGGGGGCGUGAGAAGGACCUCAGAUGACGUGGUGGCUCACAGACUAGCGUCCGUACCAUAGAGGGUGCCAGUGAGGCCUACAGAAAGCCCAGUCCACAUCCACUCGGCUGUGCCUUGUCCGAGCUUGUUGACGUUGAGUGUGUGCUUCCCCCUUUGUAAGCCGAAUUAUCACGUGUCUUUCGCAGGCAAGUCGGGGACUUACCGUAAAAACAUUUGUUAAUGUGCCAUUUUUUAAGCAAUAGCCCACGGACGCAGCCUCUUUUUUUGGAUAAUGAGCCUGAGAAUGGAUGUUUUGCGAGCAUUCGGAGGCUUUUCUUUCGCACAGGGCUCAGAUACAGUCUUUUGUUUUCAUAAUUGCUGCCAUUGGGAAUCAUUUUUCGAUAUUCUUGAUAAACAUUUUUAAUCGCUGUCAUGCCAGUAAACGCGUUCCAUGAAAUAACACGGAUGGUAACGAAUUACUUCGGUCAUUUGAUUUUACACUUUUAAACUACAAAGUGAAAUGUCAAAUCAAUAAGAUACAAAAAUACUUAUAUGGAUACAGGCAAUAAGGAAAUUUUCGCUCAAAACCGGCAUGCCACAGGACUCCGCUAUUGCUUCUACACUGGCCCAUACAUAUCAACAACUAUUCAUAAAUUAUCACCAACGUCGCAAAUGUGAUCUACGCAGCUCUCAGUUCACUAUUGCCAUCGUAUCACCAUGAUUGUUCAGUCACAUCGAGUCAAUACUUGGUGCAAUAAGUACGACUCCUGAGGAUCUCUGUGUUCAGUGUUUCGGUCAGUGCCGCACUCGCGAGGCGCGGUGCCUCCGUCGUGUUGGUAGUUCAUCAUUCAUCGAGUGGGUGUGGGUGAUUGUGUGUUCGCGGGACGCAGUGCGGUCGGCUUGUCUGACAGCCCGACCUCUAUGAAUGUGGAUCCCCGAGGAGCUUAUUUCCCGCUCAUUUCUGAGUCCUGAUGCAACGUUCCAAUAAAGAUCUGAAGCAAA